AUGUCGCCUGUAUUUAUUCCAAAUCCGAAUAAAUUCUGUGCUACACUAGAUUCUUCAUAUAUGCCUGCCAUUUCAUUGAAUAAUACACAAAUUCGAACUUUAAUUAAUAUUUAUCCACCACCUCCAAAUUCAAUAGCAUCUCUUCUACCAGCAAAUUUUACAAUGAAUCCAACAAUAGAUUCACGUAAACAACAGACUCCAACAACAGUUGCUGCUCAAGCAUUAUAUCAAUUUUAUUUUCCUCAUUUAUUUUCUCUUCAAAAUCAACAACAAACACAUGAAAUCAUUGAUCGUGGAAUCAAACGAACUCAUCUUUUAGAUGAAUCUUUAUCAGUAGAAAAACGAAAACCAAAUACUCCACACAAACGUUUUAAUUUUGCUAAACUAGCCGAUGAAGCUGUUAAAGAUAAGAAAGAAAUAUUGAUUCCUACAACAUCAUCGGAUAUCAGUAGUAACAAAAUUGAUUUAUCUUUAUCAUCAACAGCAUCUUCUCAACCAGCACCAGCUGCUAUCACUAGUGGUGUUUCAUUACUUACCUCUCAUACUACUCUUAAACAUUCUAACUCUUCAACUCAUUCGGCAUUUCAACCAGUAUUGAUAACCAAUAAAAAUACUUUAAAUAAACUAUCUCGACGUUCAUAUCAAACAAACAAUGCUUAUAAACACACUAGUAUCAGUGGUACUAAACGCAAAAAAAGAGCCAAAGAACAUAUAUGUCAAUAUUGUAAUCGUCAUUUUACAAAAUCAUAUAAUUUAUUAAUUCAUGUUCGAACGCAUACCGAUGAACGACCAUAUAUAUGUGACUUGUGUUUUAAAGCUUUUCGACGACAAGAUCAUUUGAGAGAUCAUAAAUAUACCCAUUCGAAAGAAAAACCAUUUAAAUGUCAUGAUUGUGGUAAAGGUUUUUGUCAGUCACGAACACUUGCUAUGCAUAAAUCUACUCAUCAAGAACCGCCAAAUCAUCUUGGUCGGUGA